UCACAAUCUUUGGCAAUAACAACAACAAAAACUAUACAAACAACUUCAACCUUCCUUGAAGUAAAUGAAGAAUCAUCUAUAAUAUGGCUGUAUGGGAGCACUUGAACGUUGAUAAGGCUCAUAUUGCUUAUGCUGUUAUUGGUGUGUUUUCUGCUGUUUUCUCUCUUAUAUCGUUAUUCGUUAAAGAGAAGCUAUACAUAGGUGAAGCAACCGUCGCUGCUAUUGUUGGUUUAAUUGUUGGACCCCAUUGUUUAAAUUGGUUUGCUCCAACAACAUGGGGGAAUUCUGAUUAUAUCACUCUUGAAAUUUCAAGAAUUGUAUUAUGUUUACAAAUCUUUGCAGUUGCUGUGGAAUUGCCCAAAAAAUAUAUGUUGAAACAUUGGUGGUCUGUUGCAAUGUUGUUAGUACCCGUUAUGACUGCUGGUUGGUUAGUUGUGGGACUUUUCAUUUGGAUUGUUAUUCCUGGUUUAAAUUUUUCUGAAAGUUUAGUCGCAGCUGCUUGUGUCACUGCUACUGAUCCUGUUUUAGCUGCUGCUGUUGUUGGUAAGGGGAAGUUUGCAAGAAGAGUUCCAGGUCAUUUAAGAAAUUUGUUGACUGCUGAAUCGGGUUGUAAUGAUGGUAUGGCUUUCCCUUUUAUCUAUCUAGGUAUCAAUUUAGUUAUCCAUUGGGGGAAUGGCCGUGAAAUCGUUAAAGAUUGGAUCUGUGUGACAAUUCUUUACGAAUGUCUCUUUGGUUGUAUCUUGGGAGUGUUCAUUGGUUAUGUUGGAAGACAUUCUAUUAAGUAUGCUGAAAAGAAAGGUUUGAUUGAUAGAGAAUCAUUCUUAGCAUUUUAUCUUGUUUUAGCAUUUGCUUGUGCAGGUUUUGGCUCAAUGUUGGGUACUGAUGAUUUAUUAGUUUCAUUUGCAGCAGGUACAGCUUUUUCAUGGGAUGGUUGGUUUGCUAGAAAAACUGAAGAAACUCAUGUCUCCACCGUGAUUGAUCUAUUGUUAAAUUUAUCAUAUUUUGUCUAUUUUGGUGCUAUUAUUCCAUGGCCUCAAUUUAAUAAUCAUGAAUUAGGUUUAGAUGUUUGGAGGUUAAUUAUCUUGUCAAUUGUGAUCAUCUUUCUAAGAAGACUUCCUGCGGUGUUGGCUUUAAAACCAUUUAUACCCGAUGUGAAAACUUGGAGAGAAGCUUUCUUUGUUGGUCAUUUUGGUCCUAUUGGUGUUGGUGCAGUGUUUGCAGCUAUUUUGGCUAGAGGUGAAUUAGAAGGUGCUCAUACACUGGAAGCUACACCUUUGGCUCAUUUACCAGAUGAAUCCUCAGAAUAUUAUCAAUUGAUUGCAGUGAUCUGGCCUAUUACCACAUUUUUAAUCAUUACAUCGAUCAUUGUUCAUGGUUCCUCUGUUGCUGUUAUCACUUUAGGUAGACAUUUGAACACGAUGGCCAUUUCAAUGUCAUUUACAACAACAAAUGGUAAUGGUAAUUCAACUUCUUGGAUGUCUCGUCUACCAGAACUGAAAUCAAAUGGUCGUUCAUUCUCAUUACAUCGUGUUGAUACAAUGGCCCCAUCACUGGCGAGUGGUAAUGGUCAACUAUCUCAAGCACCAACAGUGGAAACAAGUGGUAUACCUGCUAGACCUGCAGGUGGUAUGGAGAGAAGAAAGAAGAAGAGUAAAAAACAUGGCAAACAUAGAAAACGUGGAUUGGGUCUUAAAAAAAUUGGAUCUCAUCAUGCUCAAGAUCGUGAUGAUGGUCAAGUUGAUAGUGAAAAAUUGUUGCGUGAAAGAGAAGCAAAAGCUGCUUCUUUUGCGUUAGGUGGUAGACCAAAACAACAAUCUGAUCAAGAUCCUGAUAGUUUUGUUAAUCAAGGUAUCACUCCUGCUAAUACAUUUUCUGAGAAAGUUCCAUGGCCAACUUCUGGUGAUGACGAAGAAGCUCAAUUACCAAAACCUCAACAUGAACCAAUUGAAGAAAGUACUGAAAGUGAAUCAGUUGCUGAAAAACAAGAAUCUUCAGAAUCUGGUGAAAAUUAUGAAAGAAAUAGAAGACCAAGUGCUGCUUACACCGAAGGUAAUCAAUUAAUUAUUGAAGAUCAACAUGGUGAAAUUCUAGACACUGCUAAAAUGGAUGUUCCAGAAAGAAUGAAGAGAAAACAAUCAAAGCAAAGUUCCAAGAAAACAUCUGCAUCCAAACGUUCCAAGAGUCCAGCUUCUUCCUUAUCUUCAAUCACUAGAAAAUCUUCUUCAAUCCUUGAGCGUGUUAAUUCAGGUGGUAAAGCCAAUCCUAAAUAUACUGCUUAUAAAUUGGAUAAUCAAUUAGUUAUUGAAAAUGAAGAUGGUGAAAUCAUUAGAAGAUAUAAAAUCAAUCAUCAUAAGACAACUCAACAAAGAAGCAGAGCCAGUACAAUGGCUGGAGGUAUUGGUAAAGCAUUAUCUGCUGUUGGUAUUAAAUCAAGCUUGGGUGAAAGUCCAAAGGAAGCUGCUGUUGAUCAUUUAGCACUGGAGCCUAUUCAACAGCCUGAACAUCCUGAAGAUGAAGAUGUUGAUUCUGAAGAAGAAGAAGAUAGUGAAUUAGAAGAACAAUCUCAAGAAGAGGAUGAUUCAGAAGAGGAUGAUGACGAUGAUGAUGAAGUUGAAGAUUCAGAAGGUGAAGAACAAGGAGGUAUUGAUGACGUUGAAGAAACUGAAGUUGAAAGAGCAAGAAGGUUAACUGCAUUAGGUCAAUUUGCUGCUCCAAGAGAUGAGGAAGAUGAAGAGGAAGGGGUCCAAGUCCAACCAAGAAGUCAACCAGUAGACCAACAGCAAUCUUCAGCUUCAACGACAACGGGUACAAGUUCAAAGAAUGUGGUUAAGGCUCUAGGUCGUGGGUUCAAGAAACAACAAAAUACGCCAUCUGUUCAAGAUUAUGCGAAUAUUAGACCAACUAAUAGUUUAACAUUCCAAGAACCUAAAAAGGGGUCAUCAUGAAGCUAAUACUUCAUUGAGUCUUUGUCAUUUUCACAGUUCGUGUUUUUUUUAUUAGUAUUAUCAUCAUCAUUUCAUACAAGUUAUUUAAUUUACAGCACAAGCAUUUCUUAUAGAUGUUAGCAAGUGAUACCUUCAUCUUCAUUUUUUCAGUUUGCAAUUGGGUUAAUUUACAGUGAAUUUAUUGUUUAUCACACAGUUUGUGACAUUAUUAUCUGUGUGUUUUCAACAUUAGGGUUAGACGUUAUUUUGUUUAAUACAAGGGUUAUUAUAUCAAAUUUGUACACAUGUCACCGAUUAUAAGAC